AUGACUUGCACUUUUGAACCGAUGAUCACCAAAAAUAUUGUGGGCUACUCCACGGACACGGGGCUCUUUACGUCGAGCGUCAUAGAGAGAAUGGGCGGCUCAGGUAUUCCGAACGAGACUGCCGACGCCAUCAAUUCUCUUUUCAUGAUAUCAACAACUAGCUGGGGAAGCGGGUUGAUCGAUUCGAUGCUUAGUCUGAACACGAGUGGAGACGGUUCAGGCAACUUUUCCUAUGCUGGCGCAGUCGAAGCUGCGAUGCGGGGAAUUAUCGAGUACGAAGGAACAAAUCUUCGGAUUUACUACGCGGCCAACGAAGCCGAUGGUCGUAGUACCGUCAACGGGACGUACAAAGUCUUUCGCAUGGGCUAUCACCAGACGACACCAACUGCUUUGCUUAUUGUUCUUCCCCUGAUCGUGUACAUCCUAGUUGUGGCAUGGUGGUACACCUGGACUGGGUUAAGAACGGGAUCAUCAAUCGAUGAUGAGUUCAACCCGACGAACAGCACUGCCUUAGUGACUGCUGCUGCCGCAGGUGCUACAAAUGGCAAGUUGGGGUUGGAUGGCAGAGGGGGGCUCAAUGAUCAUUUGGUUCAGGGAGUUUGA